GGGGCCGGGGCGCGGCGCGGCACGACGGACGGCGCGUGUAGGGGUCGGCACCAUGGCUCCUGUGCUGAACCUCAACAACGAGCCUGAUACACGUUUAUAAUACUAAUAUUCCUGGUGGAAUCUUUGACAAAUUAGAAGACAAACUAGAAAUAUGAGGUGAAGAACUUCCUUGAGACAAAGGUUGUGAAGAUGAGAAAAGAUGUGAAGAAGGCCAAAGUCCUGACUAUUCGCAGACUAACCAGACACAUUGGGAAAUUAAAGUUGAAAAAGGGUUCAGAAGAAUUGAAAUUAAAGAACCAAAAACGAGUUGAGAGAUUAAUAGAGGAAAUCCAUGCCAUGAAGUUUCAGGAGGAGGUCUCCUCACACUUCCUGGAUACAGUACUCAAGGCUUCUGCCCUAGUGAGGCUUCAUCUAGAGUCUUGUGUCCAGUUUUGCGCUCCUCAGCUCAAGAAGGACAAGGAAUUUCCAGAAAGAUUCCAGUGCAGGAUCACUGAGAUGGUUGGGGGACUGGAGCAUCUUCCUUAUGAGAAAAGGCUGCAGAACCUGGGACUGUUCAGCCUGGAGGAGACUGAAGAGGAAGUAAAGCCAGAUGAAGUUACCAGAUUUGCUCUUAGGACAGAAGUUAAUUUUGAAAGUAUCUGCAGAAAGCCAAAUUGUACUGCAUCUGAGCGAGCCAUUGCAAGACUUGCCACACAUCCAAUCUUGAAACCCAGAUUUGUUGAGCUUAAAGCUGCUGUAAAAGCUUUUAAAGAUGCAAGAAAGAACCCAGACAAAGACACUCCUUCAAAACAGGCCAAGUCAAAAGAAGAGCCUACAUCAGCACAACAUUUCAAUAGCAAUUUGGAUGACGAAGCUGUUAAACUAGCUCAAAAACAACAAGGAUGUGAACGCAAAACAAAAGCGAGUAUGAAAAUAGAAACUGACAGGGUGGCUGAAGAACUUUGUGAGAAUGAACCUAAGCAGAAAACUGGGGAAAUGAAGAAAGCAGAUUCUCCAAAAGAAUCUUCAUUUCAGGUGUUAGAAAUGCAAGCAGCCACUCAGAAUAAAACAGGAAAGAAACUUGACUAUCAAAAAAAAAAAGAAAAUGUGAACAUGAACAAAUUAAAUGCGACAAAAGAAAUAAUUACUGAUAGUGACAGGGAAUGUCCUAAUGAGGAGGAAUACUUUGAUGAUAGUACUGAAGAGAGGUUUUAUAACCAGUCAUCAGAUUCUGACAGUGAUAGCAAUGAUGAUUUCUUCCUUGGCAAAGUAAAAAGAAAGAAAAAGAUAGCAGCAGAUACUGAUCUUUCUUCAGCAAAAGAAAAGGACAGACUUCAGAAAAACGUAGUAAAGAAAGAAAAGAAUGCAGAGCCUGGGACAGUGCAAUAUUCGAUCAUGGAAGAAGGGAAGACACAUGCAAAAGGAAGCAGGCUUGAAUCAGUGUUCUGCAGUUCUUUGUCUUCUUCUAAUCAAAAAUCUCAAAACACAAGAAGAAAUACUAAAGACCAGCCUCUCAAAAAUGGAAAAACAGCUCUUGUUAAAAAGGAACCACAGCUCAAGAAGCAACCAUUUGCAAAAGCUGCAGGUAUUAAAUCUGACAAGAAGAAAGCAUGUUUGGAGCAGCCUCUUCAUCCGUCAUGGGAAGCAAGCAGGAGACGCCGGGAACAAAUGUCUCAAAUUACAGCAUUCCAAGGGAAAAAGAUUAAAUUUGAUUACUAAACUA